AUGAAGACGCGCGCCACCCGCCUGGUGCUGCUCGGCGUGUGGCUGGCCGUGCUCACCUUCGCCCUGCUGCCGGUGCUGGGCGUGGGCCAGUACACCGUGCAGUGGCCCGGGACGUGGUGCUUCAUCAGCACGGGAGGAGCGGCGGGCAACGCGACGAGCUCGCGGGACAACUGGGGCAACCUUUUCUUCGCCUCCACCUUUGCCACCCUGGGGCUGUCAGCGCUGGCCAUCACCUUCGCCUGCAACUUGGCCACCAUUAAGGCUCUAGUGUCUCGCUGCAGGGCCAAGGCCACGGCGUCGCAGUCCAGCGCCCAAUGGGGUCGCAUCACCACCGAGACGGCCAUCCAGCUCAUGGGGAUCAUGUGCGUGCUGUCAGUCUGCUGGUCGCCGCUGCUGAUAAUGAUGUUGAAAAUGACCUUCAAUCAGACUUCAGUUGAGCACUGCAAGAGUCAAACCGAAAAGCAGAGCGAAUGCAAUUUCUUCUUAAUAGCGGUUCGCCUGGCGUCCCUGAACCAGAUCCUGGAUCCCUGGGUUUACCUGCUGCUAAGAAAGAUCCUGCUUCGAAAGUUUUGCCAGGUAGCCAAUGCCGUCUCCAGCUGCUCUAAUGAUGGACAGAAAGGGCAACCUAUCUCACUAUCCAAUGAGAUAAUACAUGCAAGCGCAUGAAAGAGAAUAUGUAACCUGCUUUGAGUGUUCCCAGAAUCAGGCAACAAGGAGCCCUAGACUUUACUGUGCAUGUAAGCAUCAAUAGCAUGCCUCUGUUUAUGCAUCCGAGGGGGAUGUUUGAUAUAAGAAUAAAUGGUCUCAAAAGAAUAGAGAAUCCCCUAUGUGCCCAAAAUAUCAAAACACAAAGGAAAAUAUAUUCAUCACAAUCUAAUGCCUUGGGGGUCUCCGUCAAGUUUAGCAGAAAAUAUAAUUAUGUGAUGAGCACUUUCUUAUUUAAAUAAAUGAUCUUGGCCUAUUUGGGAGUGAAGUAGGCAUAACUAAUAUUCUGGUAUACCGAAUAUAAGAGGAUUUAACCAUGCAUAUCUUUAAAGACAAAGGCAUAACGUUUUUAGUUCAGAGACUUUGGUCUUCUGUGUUCUCUCAGUCUCUCUCACUUUUGAGCUGUGCCAUGUUCCCCCUCACAUGUUAAAAGGUUAAAUUGGAAUGGAAGCCAAUUUAUUAUGUAUUCUUUUGGAUCUUUAAAGGUUAACUCUGAUUCUAGAGCCCACAAAUAUUUUCAAAGGUUUAAAAAAGGCUUUCCAUAGUUUAGCAUUUUUAUUCAAAACCAAAACCAAAUCUACUGCGGUGAAAUCAAUUUCAACCCUCAGCGACCCUCUGGCGCAGAGUUGGACCGCCCUGGAUGAUUUCCAAGACUGUGGUUUCUCCAGAAGCAGACUGCCACCCGGAGUGGUUGGUGGGUUCAAUGACCAGCCUUGAGGUUAGCAUCAGGUUGCUUACCCACUGUGCCCCCUGGACUCCUUGACCCUGCUUAUAGAAUAAGAACUCUAAUAAUAUUGACCUUCUCAUAGUUCUUCCUCUGUGUUCUCCUCAAAAUAGCACUACCUAACUACUUAUGAUGACUAACCUUGAUAGCUAAGCAUGGCACCUUUGUAACACUACACUGAGAUUUGGGGCUUGCGCUUUAAACAAAGUUCCUUUAAGUUCUAAGAAACUCACUGUCAUCAAGUCGAUGCCAACUUUUCCCGACCCUUCAAGGCACAGUAGAACUGUGCCCGUGGUU